GCGGAAAAUCAACGACACGCCCAGACAUUGUCAGCGCGUUUUGAUGACGUAGCCGACCGUCGUCUCUGAAAAUACAGAAACCAUCGCUUCCAGAAAAAGAGCACAAUGAACUGGAAUAAGGGCGGACAAGGUGUCAAACGAGGGUUUGGGUUUGGAGGUUUUGUCCUCGGAGGAAAAAAAGAGGAACCUCAACUUCCACAGAACUCUCACACAUCAUUUGGGGGCUCUGGAUCUGGUGGAGGAUAUGGCAAAAACCAGCAGAUGCCGUCCUUCUACAAAAUAGGAACUAAACGAGCCAACUUUGAUGAGGAAAAUGCCUAUUUUGAAGAUGAUGAAGAGGAAGCCAGCAACAAUGUGGAUCUGCCCUACAUCCCAGCAGAGAACUCGCCUACACGUCAACAGAUGAAGGCCGGUGGGGGAUCAGACAGUGAAGAUGACCCUUUGGAUGCCUUUAUGGCGGAAGUUGAGAGCCAAGCUGCAAGAGAUAUGAAGAAAUUGGAGGAAAAGGAGAAAGAGAACCCUGACAAGGGUAUUCGUGAUGACAUUGAAGAGGAGGAUGAACAAGAAGCUUAUUUCCGUUACAUGGCAGAGAAUCCAACUGCAGGGCUGACACAGGAGGAAGAGGAGGAAAACAUUGACUAUGACAGUGAUGGAAACCCCAUUCCCUCCACCACAAAGAAAAUCAUCAUGCCCCUUCCACCCAUUGACCACACGGAGAUUGAUUAUCCUCCAUUUGAGAAAAACUUUUAUCAAGAACACGAGGAGCUUAGUAGUCUGACUGGAACACAGGUUAUAGAGCUCAGACAAAAACUGAAUUUGAGGGUUUCUGGGGCAGCUCCUCCAAAGCCUUGCACUAGCUUUGCCCAUUUUAGCUUUGAUGAACAGCUGAUGCAUCAAAUCCGCAAAUCUGAAUACACACAACCAACGCCAAUUCAGUGCCAGGGUGUACCCAUUGCAUUGUCUGGCCGUGACAUGAUUGGCAUCGCAAAAACUGGCAGCGGAAAAACUGCAGCCUUCAUUUGGCCAAUGCUGGUUCAUAUUAUGGACCAGAAGGAGCUAGAGCAAGGAGAAGGUCCCAUUGCAGUCAUUGUCUGCCCAACAAGAGAGCUUUGUCAGCAGAUUCAUGCAGAAUGUAAGCGUUUUGGGAAAGCCUACUCAUUGAGAUCAGUGGCGGUUUAUGGAGGUGGAAGCAUGUGGGAGCAGUCCAAGGCUCUGCAAGAAGGAGCAGAAAUAGUUGUAUGCACUCCGGGUCGUCUCAUUGACCAUGUUAAAAAGAAGGCCACAUCUCUACAGAGAGUCACGUAUCUGGUAUUUGAUGAGGCUGAUCGCAUGUUUGAUAUGGGCUUUGAAUACCAGGUUAGAUCUAUUGCCAGCCAUGUGCGUCCAGACAGACAAACCCUUCUGUUCAGUGCUACUUUCCGGAAGAAGAUCGAGAGACUGGCCAGAGACAUCCUGAUUGAUCCUAUUCGUGUUGUGCAGGGAGACAUUGGAGAGGCCAAUGAGGAUAUUACUCAAGUGGUGGAGAUGCUGCUCAGUCCUUCUGAUAAGUGGACCUGGCUGACACGGAGGCUGGUUGAGUUCACGUCCACAGGCUCAGUCCUCAUUUUUGUCACAAAGAAGGCAAACUCUGAAGAACUGGCCACAAACUUGACCCAGGAGGGCUACAGUCUGGGCCUGCUUCACGGAGACAUGGACCAGAGUGAAAGGAACAAGGUCAUUUCAGAUUUUAAAAAGAAGAAUCUGCCUGUUCUGGUGGCCACUGAUGUAGCAGCUCGUGGUCUGGAUAUCCCAUCUAUUCGCACAGUGGUGAACUAUGACGUGGCCCGGGACAUCGACACACACACGCACAGGAUUGGUCGAACAGGUCGUGCUGGAGAGAAGGGCGUGGCUUACACUCUCCUCACCAGCAAGGACACUUCAUUUGCUGGUGACCUGGUACGAAAUCUGGAGGGAGCGAAUCAGGCAGUCUCCAAGGAGUUGAUGGAUUUAGCCAUGCAGAAUCCCUGGUUCAGAAAAUCCAGAUUCAAGGGAGGUAAAGGGAAGAAGUUGAACAUUGGUGGAGGUGGUCUUGGUUACAAGGAAAGGCCAGGCCUUGGAGCUGACAGUUCAGGCAGUAGCAGCAGUAUAAUGUCUUCUAGCAGUUAUGAAGGCUACACCAAACCAACUACAGGAGCAAUGGGAGAUCGAAUAGCUGCGAUGAAACAAGCCUUUCAGGCUCAGUACAAAAGUCACUUUGUUGCUGCUACGGGUCACGCUCCAAAACUCAGCACAAAGUCGAGCAGCACCUCCGGCUGGACCAGUGCGGGCAGCCUCAGCUCUAUACCAACAGAGGCCGCCAGCAGCCCCAAGAUGUCUGGCUUCACCAGUGCAGGCACUCUUAGCUCCAUCCCCAAUAUUCAACCCAGUAUUCAGCCAAGCCCCCAGCCCCUUUACCCACCUCCACCCCCCAAAGACAGCUCCCGGGACAGAUAUGGGGACGACCGCGGGCGCCAUGGAGAUGACCGGGGACGUCACAGCGACAGUCACCAUCGCCACAGUGACAGAGGCCAUGGUGAUGAUCGCUACGGGAGCAGGGAUCGGCACGGAGACAGUGACAGGGAUAGGGACCGCCACGGAGACCGGGAUCGCCACAGCAGCACUAGUAGCAGCCGUCAUAGCGAUAGUCGGCAUAGUGACAGUCGGAAUGGAGACGGAAGCAGGAGGGACAGGGAGGAGAGGAGAAGUGACAGAGAUGGAGAUAGGGAUGAUGGUUUUGCCGUUCCAGAUCCACCCAAAAAGAGAAAAAGCAGAUGGGACAGCUAAUUCAGAAAGUAUAGCUGUGAAUAGGAGGAAAGACAAGAAUCAAAAAUUGGUUGCAAUUACAUAGUUUAAUUGAGGUGGAGGGCAGGUUUGAAUUCCAUGCUAGUAUUUUCAUAGAUUAUGGUUUAAAUCUCUGCAGUUACCAGGCCUGUAGAUAAGAAACACAAUUUUACACACAGUAACCAAGCCAAGUAGAUGGUAUAACGAAAUACAUCUGGAUCUGGAUUUGUGGAUCUUCUGUUCAGUUAUGUCUUCUAAAAAUAGUAUACUGAACACUGCCCUCCAUCUUGUGUUUUUAACAUCAUACCACUUUGUAGAGCAUGAAUGCAACCUAUACAAGGAAGAGAAAAAUAAGAAAAUAAGACAUGCAAAAUCACAGGUAGGUCUGAGUCAAGGGAGGAGUGCUGAUCAGAAGCAGGCACAGAAUAAACAUGUGGACUUGAACGCAUCACUUUAGGGCUAUCCCAAGUUUAUCCAAGAGAUCAACACAAACAGUUUAGAGCAGUCGCUGUACAUACACCAUUGAAACUAUUGUCAACAUGAAACAUAAAACAAUAGGAUUAAGCAAUAGAAAAGUCUGAAAAUACUACUAGGAUGUCUGUUUUGAUUCUGUAUUUUUUGUUAAGGGCCUGAAUGUGUGUAUCAUCUGUUAAUUCUCACAUGCAAAUUAACCUGUUUCAGUGAUGCUUCAUAAGGACGGCAUUCAACAAGAAAACCCUGUAUCUUUUUCCUUUACGUGCUCAAGUUUUAGUAAAGUGCCUUCUCCUGGCAUUUAGUGUUGGUUAUUUAGCGUGUCUAUGAUUUUGUUGUUUGUUAAAAAAUAUAUUUAAUGUGUUAAUCAUCACAUUGAGGUUUUGAUAAAAUAUUUCUUUUGUCAUUG